AUGGUCCAAGAAGGGCCCAGAACCUACCCUCCUGAGAUUGGCCAAGUUUGCUCAAACGUGGUGGGGACCCACAGUUCCCCGUUUUCUGUUGCAAUCCAUGAAGUUCCUUUGCCUGUGACUUUCUGUGUCACCUGUGGGAGUAAGAGCCUCUUGUGGCCACUAGAUGCAGUGCAACGGGUGGCCACACGGAGGCAGCAGAGGUUUGCUCGUGUGGGCCCAAACCUGUGGCCACAGCAGAGGGUUCGAGCUUCACCCAGGGUGCCAUCCCCGAGCUGGGACAUGAAGCUAGCAGAAAGACCUAUGAUCCCCAGGGUCCUCCUCUUGCUGGUUACACUCUGGAUGCUCCUGGUUCCAGGCCGGUGUUCUCAAGACCGUCCAUCAUGGCGUUACAUCUCUUCAGAGGUGGUCAUUCCUAAGAAGGAGGUCCACCGCGGCAAAGGCCUCCAGGUGUCAGGACGGCUGUCCUACAGCUUGCGUUUUAGGGGCCAGAGGCACGUCAUCCAUCUGCAGAGAAAGACACUUCUUUGGCCCAGACAGUUGCUGCUGAUGACUCAAGAUGACCAAGGAGUCCUGCAGAUGGAUUACCCUUUUAUCCCUUCAGACUGUUACUAUCUUGGCCACCUGGAGGGGAUCCCUCAGUCCAUGGUCACUGUGGAUACCUGCUUUGGGGGCCUUAAAGGGAUCAUGAAGUUGGAUGACCUGGCCUUUGAAAUCAAACCCCUGAAGAAUUCACCCAGGUUUGAACACCUAGUUUCUCAGAUAGUAACCGAUGUUAAUGCAGUGAAGACUACACAAACCCUGGGGCGUAAGGAGCGUACAGACCUCCACUUCUCCACAGCCAAUCCUGCUGUGGUUCCCAGAAUGUCUAGCAAGGACUAUGCUUCCCACGCAGGAGCUAUGAAAAGCCAAGUUCAAGCAGUCCUAGAAGUAUACAAAAUGAGUAACAAUUUGACGGCUUGUACCAGGUAUAUGCUGGAGAUAUUUAGUUUAGUUGACACCUUUUGGCAGAGUCUUCAUGUACAAUUUUAUAUUUUUAUCUUAACCAUAUAUAACGUUGUUCAACCAUUCGACGUUUCUUAUGACGUACCAGGAGGUGCCAGUCACACUUACUAUGUGACUAACUUUUUUAACAAGUUGAGGCCUGAUGUGUCCGUUCUGGUUGAUAAAUCAGGGCCCCAAGAUGAUGCAAGUUACCCAGUUUCGGGAAGUAUGUGUGGGUCUGAUGGCCUGGUUACUGUUGGCAUACUUCACAGAAAUGUUUUGGGGGUAGCUAUUGCAGCAACCAGACGCCUUGCUCUGAGCGUAGGUCUGGAGUAUGAUAAUCCCGAAUACUGUAUUUGCCAGAGAAGGGCCACCUGUAUCAUGUACCCGUACCCCAUUUUAACAGACGCUUUCAGCAACUGCUCCCUUGUGAAGCUACAACAAAUAGUCAGCGUCCCCGACGAUUUGGCCUGUAUUUUCCAUCAAAAUUUCGUGUAUCUUAAUAAAAGUAUAACACACGUUCGCUGUGGAAAUGGCAUCGUGGAGGAAGCAGAGGAGUGUGACUGUGGAUCAUUCAAGUUUUGCUAUGCCAACGAGUGCUGCGAAAGCGACUGCAAGCUCACGGCUGACAGCAUUUGUGACAAGGGAACGUGCUGUGCCAACUGCACCUACACUCCUGCAGGGACGCUUUGCAGAACUAUCGAGAACAUAUGUGAUCUGCCAGAGUACUGUGAUGGACGCAGCAUCACAUGCCCCAAAGACAUUUAUUUGCAAGAUGGAACCCCGUGCACAGAAGACGGCUAUUGCUUUCGCGGGAACUGUACCGACCGGAACAUGCACUGUAAGGAGAUCUUUGGAGCAAACGCUCACGACGCUGCCAAAGUCUGCUACAGCAUCAACAAGGAAAGAUACCGAUUUGGGCAUUGUUCAAGAGAGGAGACGAGCCUCAGAUACAAGGCUUGCACUAGUGCAGAUAUGUUCUGUGGAAGGCUGCAGUGCACCAACGUCACCCACCUUCCACGGUUGCAGGAUCAUGUUUCAUUCCAUCAGUCCGUUCUUUUUGGGGUCCCAUGUUUUGGGCUGGAUGAACACCGUGCGUCAGGAACGACAGAUGCCGGAAAGGUGAAAAGCGGUGCUCUGUGUGCAUCGGGAAGGUUCUGUGACCGAGGUUCUUGUAACGGGUCUGUGUUUAAGCUGAAGUAUGACUGCACCCCAGAGAAGUGCAAUUUCAGAGGAACUUGCAAUAGUAAUCGCAACUGCCAUUGCCAUGUAGGCUGGAACCCUCCACAGUGCGUAGGAGAGGGACCCGGCGGGAGCAUAGACAGUGGACCUCUUCCAAGGACAUUCCGCUCCGUAAGACAGAGUAGGCAAACGGUGGCAUACUUAAGAAUGAUCUUUGCUCGUAUUUACACCUUCGUAGCCUCGCUGCUCUUUGGGUUCGCCUCCAGAAUAAAAAUUCUUAGGCUUGUCAAGGUUGAGGAAGUCAAAGCCUGGGUGAGGAGUUACUGGCAGGACCAGAGGUGA